CCACCGCCACCUCUUCAUCUCAUCUCUGAGAAUGAGAAACCUUACCCUAACCUAACCCCAGCCACCAGCCCGCCAUCACAAUCCCCCAUGGCCGAACUCUUCUUCUCCAGUAGAUGGUGCUUUCGCCGCCGGCGGGAAUCGUGGGUGCCGUCGCACUCUUCUCAUCGCCAAUCCCUUCUCAUCUUUCAUCUUCUCGUCACCGUCGCACAAAGGAAGCGUUGACCCCGUGGCAUAACCGUCGCGAAGGUUUCCCGGUUGAUCGUCAUCUCUUCAAGCUCGCGCUCUCUCUCACACUCACUCUCUCUGUGUCUGAGCUUCGAGCUCUCUGUCGCUCUCUGUUCGAGUUCACUUCCCUUGUUCCGUUGUCAUCAGCCCGUCACUUUCCAUUCCUCCCUCGCCGUCACUUUUCUUCCUCCUUCGCCGCCGGUUAAUUUAUUUUUGCUGGGUGUUGAAGAUGGAACAGGAACAACAGCCAGAAGACAUUAUUUAUUCAAUUUGUUGAAUGGACAGGUCAGGCCAGGCGAAACACAGGCCAGGCUGCAGCCCCUGACACGCCGCCUGGCCUUUUUCCACUCCUACGAACCGUUACCGUGCAUGUGAAGAUGGAUGAAAUGACAUCAUCGAGUCCAACAGUGAGCCAGCGUGACCAGUGGAUGGUUGAGUCGCAAGUGUUCCAGAUUUACCAGCUCUUCGCGACGAUCCCUCCCAACGCCCAAUCACUCAUGUUGGAGCUGCAGCGCGAUAAGCACAUCGAGUUUCUCACCAAAGGCCUUCGCCAUCUCGUCGACCAUGGCUUUGUUACUGGAUCAUUCACUCGAUUGCUUUGUUGGGAGAAUCCAUCGACGAUGAACUCCAAGACAACACUGUCGAGUUUCUCAACCGCUGCAAGGAUCCAAAUGGUGGUUUUGCUGGGGGACCAGGCCAGGAUGAAUGUUGAAGGAGAAAUUGAUGUUCGAGCUUGCUACACGGCCAUUUCUGUCGCAAGUGUUUUGAACAUUUUGGAUGAAGAGCUGACCCAGAAUGUUGGGGACUACAUUCUAAGCUGUCAAACUUAUGAGGGUGGCAUUGCUGGUGAGCCAGGUUCUGAGGCUCAUGGUGGGUACACCUUUUGUGGAUUGGCUGCAAUGAUUUUGAUUGGGGAGGUUAAUCGCUUGGAUCUGCCUCGAUUAGUUGAAUGGACAGUAUUCCGGCAAGGUAAGGAGUGUGGAUUCCAGGGGAGAACAAACAAAUUGGUGGACGGAUGCUAUUCCUUUUGGCAGGGAGGUGCUGUUGCACUAUUACAAAGAUUAUAUUCUAUUAUUAACAAACAAAUGGCCGAAGUCUCAAAUAUUUCUGGCAUACCUGAGGAGAAAGUCUGUCUGCAUGGAACCUCCAGUGAUGCAGCAUCCCAUCUCUGGCAUGAAGGCAUGAGUGAAUCCUGUUCAGCUGAUUUUAAGAAUAUAGGUUAUAACUUCAUUAAUGACUGGAGAGCAAAGGAUCCACUGUUUCACAGCAUUGCCUUGCAGCAAUAUAUUCUUCUAUGCGCACAGGAGCAAGAUGGUGGACUUCGAGACAAACCAGGUAAACGCAGAGACCACUAUCACACGUGUUACUGUUUGAGUGGACUUUCAUUGUGCCAGUAUAGCUGGUCAAAGCACCCAGAUUCUCCACCUCUACCUAAGGCAGUGUUGGGCCCUUACUCCAAUCUUUUAGAACCUAUACACCCUCUCUAUAAUGUUGUUUUAGAGCGAUAUCGUGAAGCUCAUGAAUUCUUCGUUGGUGCAUCAUGAUUAAUAUAUUAUGCCCAUGUUUUGUUUCACUUUGAUGUAAAAUGCUACUAUCUAAAGCUGUAUUUAUUCCUAGAAUGUGGUACACCAAUUUCGCUACAA